AAAAUUCAUAUUGGAUGUUGUUUUUCGAAUCUGCUUAGUGCUGUGCGGGUUGUGUUCGUUGCAAGUUCAUGUGUUGGACAUUAAAAUAUUAAAUUGUUUUAUUUUUUUUGUUCAAUUCUGUGAUUUUUAAGCUAACAAUGAAGGUGCUACUAAUUCUCUCAGUCUACCUGGCCGUAGCUACCAGCUACCCAGUAGUCAAGACAUGGACUCUCUCAGCACUGUCGGAAGCCAUCGAGACUUCGAAAGCCGAACCUGGCAUGAUGCCGUACCUUGAAGAUGCCUUGAACCAGAUCAUGUAUGCUUUGUUUACUGGUACUAAUGAGAAAUUCAUCUUCGCAGUAAUACCAUCUCCUUCUGGCAAAGCUACAUGGACAUUUGAAGAGCUGCAAACCGCCCUGAGAGACCCUAAGACCAAGUCGGACUACAGGCCUGCAUUACAAGAAGCUAUCACCAUGAUACAGCAGAAGAAGGAAAAUGGAGAGGACAUGGAAUCGAUAGAAGUAGCAAUCCCAGCGUUGGACAUAUCGUCGUGGACUCCACUGGACCUUAACGAAGCGCUCAAGAGCCCUAACACGAGCUCCGACCUUAGGACUUACGUGGAGAAGGCACGCAAGGAACUGCAGGAAGCUUUAGAAAAGGGAGAAUCACGGGAUACCGUCUACAUGGUAACACCCGUAGGACUCAUCGCUCCGAAGAAAGACUACAUCGUCUCACGCAAGGCUUCGAAAUACCCCAUCAAGAAGACUAAGCAAGGAUUAUAAACUGGUUAACGCGGAGAUGGAUCGAGAUACACGAUAAAUGAUUUGCCGUUUAAGCAAUUUGGUGCCGUAUGAAGUGAUAAAUUGGAAUACGUCCUAGUAGUUUCUAAGUUUAUAAACGACAGCUUUUAAUAAAUGUGUCAUAAAAAUA